AAAAAAGUUCGAAAUCUUGGCUUUAGCCUCCAUGCGUUCGUGGAGAGCUUUCGCACGGCCUUGACUUGGACUUCAGACAAUCGACAAGCCAUCGCCACAACCCACAAUGGCUGCAAUCAAGAGGAAAGAGGCGCCGUCAAAAGUGAUUGCAACACACAAGAAACACAAAUCCGGCGAGGACAAGGCAGUAAAGUCUACAAAGCCACUAAAAUCCACAAAAGCUAGCAAAGUCGCCAAAGUUCCCGUCAAGCCACCAACGCCGGAGGCUUCUGCGGAUGAUGAUGACCACGGAGAUGGUGACGACUUUGAGGAUUUUGACGAGGAGGGCGGCGUAGCUGUUGAGGUAGAUGGUGACGAAGAUCCUUCUGUCCACCCUUCGCGCCGCGGUCAUGUCUCUGGCAAGCAGCAGAAUGGCGCAGGCAAGGAUUUCAAAUUGGACAGCAAUUCCGCCGAAGCACACGCAAAACAGAGGGCGCUUGCAAAGGAGCGUAAAGCUGCCAAGCCCAACGCCGACUCGAUACAGGAAGCGAAAAAGAUAUGGGAGCGAUUACGCCAGAAAUUGAAUGUGCCAGAAACGGAGAGGAAAGAGUUGCUGGACGAGUUGUUCGGGUUAAUGCAGGGUCGUAUUCGGGACUUUGUCUUCAAACAUGACAGCGUUCGAGUCGUUCAAACGGCGGUAAAAUACUGCGAUGCCAAACAAUUGAAGAUCAUUGUGCAAGAGCUGAAAGAUGAUGUACGAGCAUUGGUGGAGAGCAAGUAUGGAAAAUUCCUGGUCGCGAAGAUGGUGGUCAAUGGUGACGAAGAGGACCGAAAGUUGAUCGUACCACAAUUUUACGGCCAUGUCAAGAGAUUGAUCAAUCAUCCCGAGGCAAGCUGGAUCGUCGACGAUAUCUACCGAAAUGCCAUCGCUGCACCCGAACAGAAGGCGACAAUGUUGCGAGAGUGGUAUGGGACUGAAUACUCGCUCGCUAAUAGAAACAUUGCGAAUACCUCUGGCGACGAGAUAACAUCCGAUCUGAAAGCGAUCUUGGAGAAGAAUCCGGAGAAGCGCAAACCCAUCAUGGGAUACCUUCACCAGAUGAUCAACAACUUGAUCCAAAAGAAGAUGACUGGUUUCACGAUGUUGCAUGACGCCAUGCUGCAGUACUUCCUCGUUCUCACCCCCGGCGGCGAGGAACACACCGAGUUUUUGGAGACCCUCAAAGGAGAUAUUGAUGCCGAGGAGGCUGAUGGAGGAGGCGACCUAUACAGGAAUUUAUCUUUCACCAAGAGCGGUAGUCGUUUGGUGUCAUACGCCAUCGCGUACGGCUCAGCGAAAGACCGGAAAAUGAUCUUGAAGUGUUUCAAGGACAACAUCGGCGUCAUGGCAGUCGAUAACCAUGCCAAGCUUGUGCUCGCGGUCGCGCUAGAAGUCCCCGAUGACACUCGCAAUGCCCUGCAGAUCAUCUUGAGAGAAUUGCUCGGACUACAGAUCGAAGCUGAAGAAGCGCGUCUGCAACAUCUCGAGGGCUUGUUGGAGGACGCCAAUGCUCGCCUUCCACUCCUCCUCCCUAUCGCGGGAAUGCCGCGCUGGCUGAUCAAAGACGACGGCGACCGUGCGUUCCUCGAAGAAAUCUUCCAGAUUCGCGAGACGACCUCCAAAAAGGCCGCUGCGACCCGCGACCAGGAACUGUGCACAAACCUUGCCGGCCCGCUCCUCGACCUCAUCGCGGCGCGCGCCGACUCCCUCGUGCGCUCGAAAACCGCCUGCCCCGCCAUCUCCGAGAUCCUCUUCCACUGCGCCGGUCCCAGCCGCGAAGCCGCCCGGGACGCAGUUGCGCAGACCGCUGCGGAUGACCCGACCGCCGACGGACAUGUCGCCAAGGACCCGGCCACAAGCCGGUUGUUGAAAGCGUUGGUCGCCGGCGGGCCUUUCGAGCCCGCCGCAAAGAAGAUCCGGCUCGUCGAACCCCGGCUGGGCUUCGGCGCGGCGCUGUGGCCUGUGAUCCAGGACGACGUCCUGGCAUGGGCGUGCGGCGAGGCGAGCUUCGUCGUCUUGGCCUUCCUCGAGAGCGAAGACGUCUCGGACAAGAUCAAGACGAAAAUCAGGGAUGCCCUGCGGAAGAACCGCAAGAGCGUCCAGGCUGCGGCCGACGGCGCGCGCGUGGAAGAUGACGGCGCCAAGGUCGUCGGCGAGGAAACGAACGGGGAGAAGAAAAGGGCGCGGAAGCCGAAGCAGGGUCGGUGGAAGAAUGGAAACGCCGGCGCGAAGCUUUUGCUCGAGAGGUUAGACGCAUAA